AUAUAUGAACCGACAAUGAUUAACUAUGGCUUCUCUCAGUUAAACUUUGUACUCUGCUUGCACGCAAUUUCCGGAGUCGUGCUUCAAAUUGGGAGACACAUUAGCUCUGAAGGAGGUGUGGGAUUAUCUGCGCAGGACAUGGCAACCAGCUCUUCCUCACAACGGAUCGGAGUUGUGGGAUACGGACAUCUAGGGCAGUACCUGGUGGACAGGAUCCUCAAAGAUGGUGCUGCUCUCGGUCUAACCCUGGCAUUCGUUUGGAACAGAAAUACAGACAAGCUCAAAGGUUUAGUUCCCGAAGAGCUCAUACUAGGUGAUCUGUCAUCGUUCGCAAACAGGCCAUGUGAUGUGAUUAUUGAGGUGUGCCAUCCGCAGAUAGUGAGAGAGUUUGGGGUUCACUUCCUGUCUCAGUCUCAUUUCAUGGUGGGCUCUCCCUCUGCCCUCUCCAGCCCUGAUCUGAACCAGAAGCUCCGACUGGCGGCUCAGAACUACGGUAGGACGCUGUAUGUCCCCAGCGGUGCAUUAUGGGGAGGCCAGGACAUCCAGAGGUUGAACGAUAGUGGGGGCUUGAAGGCUCUGUUUAUACGGAUGUCCAAGCAUCCAUCCUGCUUCCGACUGACAGGAGACGUCCUCUCUGAGUGGACGGAGGACGAGGGCCGACGUGUUUUAUUCAGAGGAUCAGUGGCUGAGUUGUGCCCACUUGCACCAAACAACGUUAACACAAUGGCAGCAGCAGCAGUGGCGGCAGAAACACUCGGCUUUACUGGCGUUCAGGGAGAGAUUGUGUCUGAUACAGCGUUAAGAGAUUAUCAUGUGGUGGAGGUGGAGGUGACUGGGCCUGGUGGUUUCUCAGUGCACACAGUGAGGAGGAAUCCAGCUAAACUUGGAGCUGUGACUGGCAGUGCAACAUACAACUCCUUCUGGAAUAGUUUACUUGUUUGCAAAGGUCACGGGGGCCGAGUUUACUUGUGCUGAAGCAGAGGAGAACAGAAAGCGGAUCCACUUCCAGAUAAAUCAGAUUGUUUAUAGUGGAGAAGUGGUGUGGAUGGUGUCACUGGAUCAGUAUGUUACAGAGG